UAGUUCGCGCGGUACUGUAUGUUGUAUAAGAGCUAGUGGGGCGACGAUCGAGGAAAAACCGGAUAGUAAACGUAAAGAUAGUGCAGUGCAAAAUUCUCAAAAAGGAAUUGAAAACGUGAACAGUGUUAUAUUGCAAGAAUUUAAAAGUCUCGGAAAUAUUAAAAGAACAAGAACAUAAUCGUGUUCAUCGUCGUCGUCAACGGCGAUCGUGUGUGUUUUCCGUCGGCGCGCACGAUGUGAAGUGAGCAAUAUGGACGAGAAAAACUGAGCGGCGCAGCAGCAGUUGCAGCAAUUGCAGCAUUAUGACGGAGUAUCUGGAUCCGCAUUUUAUUCGGGCGCUUUGUCGGGAUCCAGAGAGGCGCACGCUUCAGGAUCUCCAAUUCAUAUACUAUGGACUACUCGGACUUGAAGCAUUGCGGCCCUGCAGAGACUCGGUGCUACGGCAGCUUUGCAAAACUGUGCGUUACGAGAGACAUCACGCCAACCAUGUUCUUUACUAUACCGGCGAAUUGGCGACCAGCUGGUACAUCCUGCUGUCGGGCUCGGUGUUCAUCGACGGAUCCAUGUUCCUGCCCAGAUCAAGCUUCGGCAAGAGGACCGGCGGGAGCGCGAGGAGGCCGAACGAGUGCUUCGUGCUGGAGCCCUCGGAGAUGAUAGCCAUCGACUAUCCCGAGGUGCACAGCGGCAGGAUGCAUCGACCCCCGCAGCCUAAUCCCGAUCAGCGACCAUCGACAGGUCAACCUGGUGUUUGAAGACUCG